AUGACCAUCACCUGCCAUUACCACCAACCACCACUCAUCACCACCACCGACCUCCACCAUCCACCCCCCACCACCACCCAUCACCACCUAUCACCACCACCCACCUUCAUCACCCAUAACCACCCCACCCAUCACCCACCAAAACCAACAUACACCAUCACCACCAACUGCCACCCACCCACCCACCACCACCACCUAUCACCUUCACUUGUUUCCACCACCUAUCACCUUCACUCGUUUCCACCACCUAUCACCACUACUCGUCACCGCCACCUACCACCCACCAUAAUCACCACCCUACAUGUCACCCCUAGCACCAUUCACCACCACCACCACCUACUACCUACCACCACCAAACAUCAUUACACACCACCUGUGAUUAUGUGUAUAUAA